AGCGCAAGGGGGAGCCCCCCGACGUAAAGGGGGAUCACUUUCCCCUUGUGUCCGCCAUAUUGGACGGUAACUCUGGUCAGCGGCGCUGGGGCCAAGGGAGUCCCCGUUACAGUGACAGUUCGUGCGCCCCUGCUCCUCGGUGCCCGGGGCGGCCUGUGCCCCCGCCUUACCCGCUCCCCCUUCCGGGCGCUGACGGCGGCUCCGACCUCCUCGCUGCCCCCUCCCUGCCCGGGUGUCAGACACGAUGAGUCCGGCCGACGCCAAGCGAGGAGCCAAGCGCAGAAAGAACAAGCGGGGCGGCGGCCUCGGCAGUACCGGCGGCCCCGGACCCAGCGGCGGCGGCGGCGGGGCGGGAGGCCUGAGCAAGAGCGGGGCCGCCUCGGCAUCGGCCGCCCUGCGGGCUCCAGCCCAGGCGGUGGCUGCCACGCCGAGCGUGGUGGGCGGCCUGCUGACAGCGCCGGCAACGGCCACCGGCAACGGAGCCCUGAGCGGCGGCGCUGGAGGGGCCGGGGCGGGACAUGGCGAGGUUUCAUUAAAUGGUACCCAGUUUACAGACAGUUCUGUUGGAUCAGAGUUCACAGGUGUUUCUCAGACUCCAUUUACUUUUGGCUUGGGUCAAAGGGCACCAUAUACAACAGGCGAGCAUUGUCUUCUUUGUAGAAGUGAACGGAAAGACACCUUGCUUUCAGAGAGCGGGAUUAAAAAUUCUAGCAAAACAGCACUUUCUACAUCUCCAAAAGCAAAUAGUAUGCUGCAUCUUCCACUGUGGGUGUGUCCAGAUUGUCGACGAACAGUCGAGAAGGAGGAGAGGCAUGCCACGCUAGAGCAAUCUCUUGUGAGCCAAGAUUUCCUUUUGCACAUGCCUCUUGGAAACAGUGGAUCACAGCAGGAAUCUGUAGGAGGAGGGAGAAUAACUGUUGGAGCACAGACAGUACCCUCUGCAGAUCUCAGUAAUUCCUCUCCUUCUGAUGUAGCGUGUAACUGUGAGGCCUGUAAUGAGCGCAGAGAAAUUUCAGCAGAGACUGAACGUGAAUCUCAGCAGCUUCAAAAUUACUGGUCAGAAGUAAGAUAUAUGGUCCGAUGUGUAUAUCGCCAAGCUGGCACCCCAUUGGCAGAUGAUCAAGACCAAUCCCUGGUACCAGAUAAAGAGGGAAUGAAGGAGUUGGUGGAUAGGCUUUGUGAAAGAGAUCCUUAUCAGCUUUAUCAACGGUUGGAACAGCAAGCUAGAGAAUACGUGCUUGAAAUGAAGGUUCGUCUGCUCAGGCACUUGUCGCUGGGAUCUAAAGUUGCAUCAACAUUAUCCAUACCAGGCCCACCACAGGCACAUCAGUUCAUCUCACUCCUUCUUGAGGAAUACAGUGCACUCUGUCAGGCAGCAUGUACAAUCAGCACCUUUCUUGUCACUCUGGAAAAUGAACACUUGAAGAAAUUUCAGGUGACUUGGGAAUUGCACAAUAAGCAUCUAUUUGAAAAUCUGGUAUUUUCUGAGCCACUUCUGCAGAACAGCUUGCCAACACUGGUGUCACAGCUAAGGCUUGGAACAACACACGAUUCCUGUAGUGAAGAUAUGUAUAGUACCUUGCUACAAAGGUAUCAUCAAUUGGAACAGGAGAUGGGUCAAGUGGCUGAAGCCUGGCUUGAAUGCCAGAAAAAAAUAGAUGAUUAUGUAGAUGAACAGAUGGCAAUGAAAACAAAACAGCGCAUGCUAAAAGAAGACUGGGAAUUUUUUAAACAGAGGCGUUUUAUUGAAGAGCAGUUAAAUAACAAGAAAGCACUAGCUGGUGAGAACAACUUCACAGACACAAUGAGGCAUAUGUUGUCAUCACGUUUGAGCAUGCCUGACUGUCCCAACUGUAAUUAUAGAAGAAGAUGCACUUGUGAUGACUGCAGCCUUUCACACAUUUUAACAUGUGGCAUCAUGGAUUCACCAAUAACAGAUGACAUCCAUAUUAACCAGUUACCACUACAAAUUGAUUCUGCUCCGGAUUAUCUGUCUGAGAUCCGCCCACCUAGUAUGUCUUCAGCAAGCUCCGAAUCAGGUUCCAGCUCUCCUAUCUCAAUUCAGCAGCACCCAAGACUCAUCCUUACAGAUAAUGGCUCUGCACCAACUUUUGGUAGUGAUGAUGAAGAUGUUGCACCAUUAUCAGCAAAAUUUGCUGAUAUCUACCCAUUGAAUAACUAUGAUGAUGCAGAGGUCGUAGCCAACAUGAAUGGAAUCCAUAGUGAAUUAAAUGGUGGAGGGGAAAACAUGGCAUUGAAAGAUGAGUCUCCUCAGGUGAGCAGUACUAGCAGCAGUUCUUCAGAAGCAGAUGAUGAAGAAGCAGAUGGGGAAAGCAGUGGUGAACCACCAGGGACUCAGAAGGACGAAAUAACUCUAGGAAAAAGAACAUUAAGGAAAGAUGAGGCAAAAAUGGAUAGUCCACCCCCAUCUUACCCCAGUCAGCAGGCUGACCAAGGUCCAAAUACUUGUGAAUGCCAUGUUUGCAAACAGGAAGCUUCAGGUCUGACUGCUUCAGCGCUCGCAGCCGGACGUCUUCCUGCUGGCCAUCAGUUUGUGAACCCAGAAAAACCUGCACAUCCUGCACUUCACCUUUACCCCCAUAUACAUGGACAUGUACCAUUGCAUACUAUUCCUCAUCUGCCUCGUCCACUUAUCCACCCUACCUUAUAUACAGCUUCCCCCUUUACACACAAUAAGGCAUUACCGCCAGCACCGGUUCAGAAUCAUACAAACAAGCAUCAGGUAUUCAAUGCAUCGCUCCAAGAUCAUAUUUAUCCAAGCUGUUUUGGGAGCACUCCAGACUGGAAUAGCUCUAAAUUUAUAAGUCUUUGGGGAUCAGAAAUGAUGAAUGACAAGAACUGGAAUCCAGCUACUUUUUUGCCCGACACACUUCCUGGGAGUGAUCUAUUAGCACCAGCACUCUCAGAAAUAAGUCCUGAAGCACUUCCUGCUACAUCUAGCAAUGAAGCAACAGCAGUUACAGAUAGCAAAGAGAAAAAAAAUGCUGCAAAGAAGAAAUGUCUGUACAAUUUCCAGGAUGCCUUUAUGGAAGCUAAUAAAGUUGUCAUGGCAACCUCUUCUGCCACUUCUUCUGUCUCCUGCACAGCUACUACAGUGCAGUCAAGCAGCAACCAGUUUAAAGUAUCAUCUAAGAGACCUUCAUCAAUAGGAGAAGUGUUCCACAAUAUCAAUAAAGAGGACCAUAGACAUUCUGCACCAGUUGCACCACGAAAUAGCCCUACUAGUUUAGCAUCCCUUCCUUCACUCUCUCCUGCUGCACUGUCUCCAGCCACUACACCCCAUAUCCCAAAUCUAGCUGCUCCAUCUUUCCCCAAAACUGCUGCAACGGCCCCUGGAUUUGUGGAUCCACAUUCAGGUCUUUGUCCCUCCACAGUUGCACCCCCUACUUCAACCACAAACAGCUCCGUAAGUGCACCACCAAGUGUCUGCAGUGAUCCUGACUGUGAGGGCCAUCGCUGUGAGAACAGUAAUACGUAUGAUCAUCAGCAGUAUGAUGGAGAGGAGAGCCAAGAUGAAGACAGCUGUUCAGAGCAUAGCUCCAGUACCUCAACAUCCACAAAUCAGAAAGAAGGAAAAUACUGUGACUGUUGCUACUGUGAGUUCUUCGGUCAUGGAGGACCACCAGCUGCACCAACCAGUAGAAAUUAUGCAGAAAUGAGGGAAAAACUUCGCUUACGUUUGACAAAGAGGAAAGAGGAGCAGCCGAAGAAACCAGACCAGAUUUCUGAAAGAGAGAGUGUAGUUGACCAUCGAAAAGUGGAAGACUUGCUACAAUUCAUAAAUAGCUCUGAGACCAAACCAGUAAGCAGCUCUCGGGCAGCCAAGCGAGCGAGACAUAAGCAAAGAAAGCUAGAAGAAAAGGCUCGUCUUGAAGCAGAAGCCAAAGAGAGGGAGCAUCAUCAGUUGCUUGAAGAGCAGAGACAGCGGGAAGAGGAGGAGGAAGAAAGACUAAAACAGGAGCUGCAACGACUUCAAGAACUUCAGCAGUUACAGGCUGUAAAGAAAAAGAAAAAAGACAGAACAAGUAAAGACUGUCAGAAGAUGGAAAUGCUUACUCGAAACUGCCAGGCAGUGAAGGAAUCAAUCCCAAAUCCACCAGAAGACAUUCAGAAUGGUAUACUUGAGCAAUCAGAAAAGGUAGAAACCUCAUCUAGUUCACUGUCUAGGCAUGUAAAUCAUGUGGAACAGAGGCCAACUCCUGAGAUGGUCUGUGAACUAUCUGAUCCCACAAACACUAGAGACUCAAAGUUGCUUUUCCAGAAAGAGAUGAGUGUGAAACAGCAUGAGCCCCUGUCUUUUCUCUUUGAUAUAAUGCAUCAUCAUAAAGAAGGUAAUAGUAAACAAAAACUAAAGCAAAUAAACAAACCCUGUGCUGAACAAAUGAAAAAGCCUACUGAAUCCCCCAAAGCAACAGAGAUACAGUCUAAGACCAGAAACCAAAUAGAAUCCAAAGUGAAAGCAGCAGAGCUCUCGCUGCUUGCAGAACCGAAAAAAGAGGAGAAAAAAACAAGCAGUAAUAAUAACAAAAAGCAGCUGAAUCACCUAAAGGAAGAGAAAACACCUGUAGUGUGUGAGUCCCCUUCUCCAAGUGAGCAGCAACAAAACAAUAAACUGAUACUUGCAGAAUCUCCUCAGCCAAAAGGCAAGAACAAGAAAAACAAGAAGAAGAAGGGAGACAAAGUCAACAAUUCCAUAGAUGAUGUGUUUCUGCCCAAAGACAUCGACCUAGACAGUGUGGAACUGGAUGAGACAGAACGGGAAGUGGAGUAUUUUAAAAGAUUCUGCUUGGACUCUGCCAGACAGACAAGGCAGAGACUUUCCAUCAACUGGUCCAAUUUUAGCUUGAAAAAAACCACCUUUGCUGCUCAUUGAAAUGACACAGUUUGGGGAGGGAACCCUGCAGGAAUCAAUGAAAGACAACUCCACUUAUCUGUCCUGUUGUGCUGAGAGCUUAUCUGGUCUUGAGCCAGUGCUGCCUUGCCUUGUCCCCAGUGCUGUGUGGAUCUGCACUGAACCCCUUGGCCUGAUAGUUCUUGCAGACUGAGAAAUUGCCACUUUCUACCUGAAUUUGUUAGCUUGUGUGCUUGUAGUCUGUGAGUGAGACUUACUUGAUUGUAGCUGUAUGCUGUUGGAGUUGGAACAAUAGCUUUUUUUUUUUCCAACUCCUUCUGAUUGCCUUGGCCUCAAAGACUUUAAACCUGCUUCCUAGGCUUGGGUGGAGGCCAAAAUACUAGUUUGCAUCAUCUGCAGUGGCUCCUGUCACUUCUGCAUCUAGCUAUGUUUUGUCAUUCUGACUUCUGACAAAGGAAUGGACCUAGUCAGUUGCGCUUUCAUCUGCUCCAGAACUCUCCUGACACGGUUUCAUGAAAAAGAGGCUCUCAUGGGACAAGCAUUUCCUCAGUUCUUUCACAAUCUACUGUUAAAGAGUGUACAAGUUACGCUAUUUGUGUUUUGAUUUUUUCCUGACUUGUAGCCAGCUUGUGUAAGAAUACUUGCAGAAUGAGAACGUUUAAAAAAGAACAAUACUCACACUAUCAAAUCUGUUAUAGAGAGUAUAAUUGUAUUAACACUGAAGCCUAACUGGCUACUUUUUUAACAUAUUGUUAAGUAAUAUUAAAAUCAUGUCUUUCUUUUUGAAAGAUGGAAUACAUUAGUAUGGCAGAA